AUGGCAACCAAACCCUACUACUUGCUUACUGCCAUCUUCGUCCUCCUCCUAAGCUUUGCACCCCUCAAUGUCCUAGCAGUGUCGCCACAUUGCGCGGAAGAGAUCACAGAAUGCCACAACAGAGCGGAGGCCUUGAAGAUGAAGAUCAUUGCCAUAGUUUCCAUCCUAGUUAUGAGCAUGAUCGGGGUUUGCUUGCCUCUCUUUUCGCACAAGGUGCCGGCUCUUCAGCCUGAUAAGAACCUCUUUGUGGUCAUCAAGGCAUUUGCAUCUGGGGUCAUACUCGCCACCGGGUACAUGCAUGUAUUACCCGAUUCGUUUAAUGACUUGAAUUCCGAAUGCUUGCCGGAAAAGCCGUGGAGAAAUUUCCCCUUCACGACGUUUGUGGCAAUGCUAUCGGCUAUUGUGUGUAUGAUGUUGGAUUCAUUUUCGAUGAGUCGUUAUAGAAAAUCUUUUGACCGAGGUGCCACUAAUGGCGACGUCGUGGUGCAUCCCGGCCAUGGUCAUGAAAUGAAAAUUGAGGAGGGGGCCUAUACCAAGGAGGAGCAACUGGUGAGGCAUCGUGUUGUUGCGAAGGUACUGGAAACAGGUAUUGUAGUGCACUCAGUAGUGAUUGGAUUAUCCAUGGGAACAUCUGAAAAUCCUUGCACAAUCAAACCGCUCAUUGCUGCAAUUUGUUUCCAUCAAUUAUUUGAAGGAAUGGGUCUAGGAGGCUGCAUACUGCAGGCUGAAUUCAAGAGCAAGAUGAAAGUCAUAAUGGUGUUCUUCUUUUCAUGCACAACACCAUUUGGUAUAUUAUUAGGGAUUGCGUUAGAUCAUGUAUACAGUGCCAACAGACCGACGUCUCUGAUUGUGGAAGGGCUGCUAAAUGCUUGCUCCGCAGGGCUGCUAAAUUAUAUGGCAUUGGUGGAUCUGCUAGCAGCUGAUUUUAUGAGUCCUAGACUCCAAGCAAAUAUGAAGCUCCAAGUAUGGUCGUACAUUGCAGUUCUUUUAGGGGCAGGUGGCAUGUCCGUAAUGGCCAUUUGGGCAUAA